AUGUCGAUCCGAAUCGCGCCUCCGCAAAUUCCUCAUCAGGUCGAGUAUGCGUCCGACAAGGUGAACCUUCAGUGGGUGAACAGCGGCAACGAAAAGAUAUGCUCCAAUCCUAACUACGGCAUGGAGACUCUCUCGGAGGCGAACCAAUCGAAUCCCCACUACAUAACUAUCGAUGGCACUUCAACGCGACCGCUCGACGCCUAUAUCAACAUCCUUGUCAUCCACACAACGUCAACUAUAACAAUCUGCAUGACAGUCAUCAACCCAGACAUCAAGACACACAACGGUCAGCGCCAGCAGAUCACAUAG